UGUAGUAACACAAUUAAUAAGGAAUAAUAAACAUAUCUGCCAGUCCUUCCCUCUUGAAUUGGCAAAAAGGAACUUCACUGCCAUGCUAAAGUUUCCUAAUUGUGUUGGCCAAGUAAUAUCCAAAUAUGGCUCCACACAUCUCCUUAGUUUUGAAGAAAAAAAGUUUGAAGGACUGCCCAUGGAUAAUGGAGCUUAUAUGAACAACAAUACCAACAAUGGGAAGCAGCAGCAGCAGCAGCAACAAAGGGGUUAUGCAAAAGAAGGAACUUUUUCAAGCAAUGAAUUUCAAUGGCCAGCAAAAAAUUAUGGUUGUAAUUUUUGCAAGAGGGAAUUCAAAUCAGCUCAAGCUCUUGGCGGGCAUAUGAAUGUUCAUAGAAGGGAUAGGGCAAGAAUGAGACUUUUGCCUUCUUGGGUGUCUGAUAAUAAUUAUAAUAAUAAUUAUUAUUCUUGCCCUAACCCUAAUUUUUCUAAUUUCUCACCAUCUUGUUUCAAUUUCAGAUCAUCAUCAAAUAAAAAUUCUUUGUGUUCUUCCUUACAAGAUCAAGACAAGAAAGAAAUUGGAAGUUGUUCAUGGAACAACAAUAUAUACAAGCCUUCUUCAUUAGUUGUUCCCCAUGAUGACCAAGAACAUGUUGAUGAUGAUGCUGAUCAAGUUCUUCAUGUUUUCAAAAAGAAGAAGAAAGGUAUGGUUAAUUUAGAGUUGAAGAUGGGGAGUUUGGGAGAUGCUUCUUCAAACAAUGAGGAUCUUGAUCUGGAACUACAUCUUUAAAUUUGUAUGUUUAAUUUUUAUUAAGGUUUCUAUAAAUCCUUUUUUUUUUAUUCAAGUUUUUUUUUUUUUUAAUGGAAACUUGUUGGCAUUUUGGCAUUAGCUACAACUGUUAUUAAGCAAGUCACCUGUGUUUUAUUUUGACUCUAAAAUGGAAAAUAUUGUGAAGUUUUUUCACUUUGAUCU